AUGCAUCGUAGGGAAAAACGUGAUGAUGAAAGCAAGAAGCAUAGAAAACGACCGAGGAGUCGGUCCAAGGACAAGUCACCACACAAGGAAUCGAGAAAAUCUAGGGAUAAAAAGCGAAGGGUUGUAGAAGAGGAGGGUAUGUUUGCCAAUUAUAGCAUUAACGAUAAUGUAGAGGAAGUGAGAGACCAAGGAGCAGCUGAUAAACUUCGAGCGAAAUUGGGCCUUGCACCUCUUGAAGUGGGAAACGAGUCCAAGACCGAUGGUGGUGAUGACGAGAGACCAAAGAACAGUGAUUCGGAUUUUGUUCACGCACCAGCCAAGGAUUUGACUAAGGCGAAGCAGGCAGAGAAGAUUCAGGAGAAGAUUGCUACUGCGAAAGAAAAGCGUGAGUUGCUCAACAAGCUGCGUGAAGUGAAAUCACUCGGAUCGGGUGAGGAGACAAGUGUUUCUUCGUGGGUGGAGAAAAUGCGAGCUAAGGAGCAGGCUAAGAAGGAGGCGGAGAAGAGGGAGAAAAUGUUGGCAGAGCUCGAUGAAGAAUUUGGAGUAUCAACUGUUGUGGAGGAACAGCUGAAACCGAGGAAACCCCGAGAAGCCUACACAUCGGAUGCUCUACAAGGUCUGAAAGUUGAACAUAGUAUUGAUAGAUUUUCGGAGGGCACUCCAAUCAUCCUCACCCUCAAAGAUAGUGAUGUGUUAGCCGAGGACCCAACCGACGUGCUGACUAACGUGAACCUGGUGGAUGAGGAGAAGGCAGAGAAGAAUCGGGAGAAUAAGCGAAAGUUAGCUGGUCUGGGCGGAAUUCUUCAAGAUGAUGAGGAGGAUGUGUUGAUGGGUCUGAGAGAAAAGGGCAUUUUGGAGAAAUACGACGCUGAGAUCGAUGGUCCACGCAAGGCCGAAUUCACACUCGAAGCUAACGGAAGUUAUGUAACGGAUCAUGAGAGGGCUUUGAAACAACUGCAGGAGGAACUUCAACGAAAUCGACAAGCACUCGGUGAUACGGAGUAUCGUCCAGCAGCCGAGUUCUAUACAUCGGAGGAGAUGGGCCAAUUCAAGAAAAAGAAGAAGCGAAAGGUGCAUCGUCGUAUUCUCCGUCCUGACGAUCUUAUUCCAGAUGCGGGCGCACCAUCCACCACCGCUGGCGUACUGGACCAUGGAUCUCGUUCCAGUGAUCGACAUGGCGCUGGGAUUGGGGCGGCAAGAGCAGUGGCAGUGGAGGAAGAGGGUGAAGUUAUUGACAAGAAGUCGUCGGAUGAGGAUGUCAAGCCACACUCGGAUCUCUCAGCUCUUACUGGUCUGAAUCCUGCAAUUGCAGCCAUUCUGGCUGUGCAAACUGUUCCGCAGGAGGAUGACGAGGGAGACGAUGAGGAUGCUUAUGCCGACCUGAUUGCUGAACCAUUGGAACCCGAUGAUCUUCAAUUGGAGUUGGAGAGGACUCUCAGUCGCGUUCGUAAUUCCAAUCUGGCCAAACCCGUUCCAGUACCUGAAGAGAGACUGAAGCUGAUUGUGAAAGAAGACCCCGACACAGAAAUGGUGGAGGCAAGAGUGAGUGAGGCAGGAGGCGGUGGUGGUGGUGGUCUUGUAUUUGACGCCACGGCGGAAUUCUUCAAGCAGAUCUCGAGUGGCCUACAGAACGAUGUUACCGCGAAGAUGGUGAAACAAGAGGCUGAGGAAGAGGUGGAUGGUGGAGAAGAAAUACCUUCCCUGAACAGGAGGGAGAAGGAAGAUGAUGUUGAUCGGUCCUCUGAUAGGAGAGCCAAACAUCGUGACAGCGUAAGCAGUCGGUAUUCUACGAAGCAUUCCUCGUCCUCUUCGCGUCGUCGUCACGAUGACAAAUCUUCCAUCAACAAAUUUUCAAGUGGGCGUUCAAACUCCAGAGUGACCGAAGAGCCGAGUGUUAGUGGAUCUUAUGCUCCAACUGCUGAGGCGAGUGGAAAUGGUGUGUUUGAAGAGGAGCCAACGUUAAACCAGGGUGUUUUUUCAGCUCUCCUUCUUGCUCAGAAGAAGGGCUACGUUGAAGAACAGAAGGAGAAGGAGCGUCCAAUGGGUCAGCUUGUGAAUCUGAUGGCAAAGCACUACGUGAAGGAGGACAUGCGUUAUGAUGACAUUGACGCGAAAUUUGCCAAACGUGAGCGCCACACUGGUCCACUCUCUGACUUCCGUGAGAAAACCUCCUACAAACCUGAUGUGAAGUUGUACUAUGUCGACGAGAUGGGCCACAACCUGACACCAAAGGAGGCGUUCCGACAGCUGAGUCACAAGUUUCACGGAAAGGGGUCAGGGAAGAAGAAGACAGAAAAGCGCAAUAAGAAGUUUAUUGAAGAAGCGCUUAUCAAGAACAGUGCUGGCUCCGAUACUCCAUUGGGAACACUCAACAAGUUGAAUAAGAAGUUGGAGCAACAGGCAACUCCCUAUGUGGUGCUUAGUGGAAAGGGUUCGGUUUCGUGA